AACUAAUGUUUGUCGUUUUGACUGUUUUUGACUUUUGUUUUGAGUUUUGACUGGAGUAUUGUUGUUGGUUUAUUUAAGUAUUUCAUUUUAAUUAGGAUGGGUGAUAAUACAAUUAAAGUAGGCGAGUACAUUGUAAUACAAAAGCAGAAUUACAAGAAGUUACAUAAAUUAAAUAAACCAAAUUCAAGUGUAACUGUUGGUAAAGAUAGUUUGAAUUUAAAUGGAAUUGUGGGUUGCAAAUUCUAUUCUACUUUUAAAAUGAUAAGCAGAAGCUCAAAGCGAAGCAAGGAAUAUGAUUUAGAAUUAACAGAAGAAGCUGCAAACUUAAUAGAUGAGAUAGGAUUAAAGGUAUCAGGAACAGAUAACAGAAACAUUUAUGAUGAUGGCAGAUCACAAAAAUUGUCGGCUACUGAAAUUAGCGACCUAAAGAGCGAUUCCACGAAAGCGUCGGACAUUGUCGAGACGUUAAUAACAAAUUCAAAAACAUUUCACAAUAAAACUGAAUUCUCACAAGAAAAAUACUUAAAGAAAAAGGAAAAAAAGUACUUUGAAUUUAUUCAAAUAUUAAGACCAAAUUUGAGAAUCAUUACUGAAACAUUAUAUAAAUUGGAUCCAAGUAAGGUACAAGGCAUUCGCAUAGACACUUUGUCUCAAAUAAUAACUUUAUCAAAUAUUAGUAGUGAAGGAAAUCAUUUGCUUUAUGAUUCAGGUUCCAAUGGUUUACUUGCUGCUGCUUUGUUGAGUGCUAUGGGGUCAGAGGCUAAAGGAAAAUUAAUACACAUGCAUCCAGGCAACAUGUCACAGAAACAGGCUUUGUUAGCUAUGAAUUUUGAUUCUGAGCAUCUAAACAAAUGUCUAUCAGUGAAUGUGUAUUCAGCUUUGAGACAAGUUUACCAAGGUUGUGACACUCAUACCCAAGAGGCAGUAUUAGAAAAUGAGUCCAACCUAAAAAGGAAAGCUGCAGAUAAUAUUGAACAUGAAAGUAAAAUACCUAAGCUUGAUGAUUCCCAAGUUGUCGACAGUGAAGUUAAAGAGGUAAAUAUGGAUGAUAGUCAGAGCAUCAAGAAAAAACCUAAAUGGCAUUUUGAUAAUAUAGCAGCAGCAGAGGUAUUGACUAACAAAGUAGAUUCUCUAGUGAUAGCAAGCAAGGAAGAUCCUCAAAAUAUAUUUCUUGAGCUUGUACAAUUUGUCAAGCCUGGUAGACCUUUUGUUAUUUAUUAUAGUGUAGCCGAGCCAUUACAAAACUUAUACAUGACACUCAAGUCUUCCAGCAAUGUGGCUGCCCUAAAAUUAACUUGUAAUUGGAUGAGAAACUAUCAGAUAUUGCAUGAGAGAACACAUCCAGAAGUUAUGAUGAAUGGAUCCAGUGGGUUUCUGUUGACAGGAUAUGUCCUUAAAUGAUAAUUACAAUAAUAAAUAACACAAAUUGAACAA